CGACACACAGGGGAUCAGGGGAAUCUUGAGGCUGCGACACACAGGGAUGUGAAUAUCAUUCAAAGCUGCCGCGGAUUGUGAACUCUUCAGUUGUUUGAGUAUUUUAUGUCUGUAAAUACAAAACACUAGCGUAUCGAACAUAAUGCACUUCUAACGGCUUUCCUGAAUUUCCGGUUACACGUCACUGACACUUCGUUUAAAAUGGUGGUGGUUCAAGGCAUACCAGAGGUCGCCCGAGCAGUUAUUCACAUUGACGAACAGAGUGGCAAGAACAAGUACAAACUUCUGGUGGAGGGCGACAGUCUGAGAGCUGUCAUGGCAACUCACGGAGUGAAUGGGAGUAGGACCACAUCAAACAACACAUACGAGGUUGAGAGGACUUUGGGUAUUGAGGCUGCAAGAUCCACCAUCAUCAAUGAGAUUCAGUACACCAUGGUCAACCACGGAAUGAGCAUCGACCGGCGUCACGUCAUGCUUCUUGCUGAUCUUAUGUCCUAUAAGGACCAGACCUGCUGGGAUCUGUACAGAUGUCUCGAUGAGGGUGGGAGUGGUUUCAGUAAAGGAGAGCUGCAUCAGUCUACAAACACAUUGUUGUAACCAGUGUGGGAAAUCUUUCAGGCAGUCAAGUUAUUUGAAACGUCAUAUGCUCAUCCACACUGAAGAAAUUAGUUUUUUACUGUGAUAUUUCCUCAUGUUUGACAAAGUGGUUAUUAUCUUAACUGUGAAAUAAAAGCCCUCCUUAAACAUUA